UUCCUGCCUCCCUAAAAGCCCAGCAUAAAGCAAGCGAGCACAAGGAGUAUGGUUCUGAGGUAAGCAAGGUCAUGAAGACACCACUGUUGGGCCUGGCUUUGUGGUCACUGCUCUUCUAUCGAGGCAUCAUCUCCCAGGUGAGUCAGAACUGCAACGAUGGCUACUACGAGAUCAGUGUCCUGAUGAUGAACAACUCGGCCUUCCAAGAGUCCCUGGAUAACUUGAAAGAAGCAGUGAAUGAGGGGAUAAAUAUAGUGAGAUGGCGCCUGCAUGAAGCUGGCAUAAAUGUGACUGUGAAUGCUACCUUUAUCUAUUCGAAUGGUUUGAUUUAUAAGUCAAGCGACUGUCGGAGCAGCACCUGUGAAGGCCUUGACCUGCUCAGGAUAAUUUCAAGGGAAAAACGAAUGGGCUGUGCCCUCAUGGGGCCCUCAUGUACAUAUUCCACCUUCCAGAUGUACCUUGACACAGAUUUGAACUAUCCAAUGAUCUCAGCUGGAAGUUUUGGAUUGUCAUGUGACUACAAAGAAACUUUAAUCAGGCUGAUGUCUCCAGCUAGGAAGUUGAUGUAUUUCUUGGUUAAUUUUUGGAAGGCCAAUAAUUUACCAUUCAAAACUUUUUCCUGGAGCACUGCAUAUGUUUUCAAGAAUGGUUCCGAGUCUGAGGACUGUUUCUGGUACCUCAAUGCUCUGGAGGCUGGAGUUUCCUAUUUUUCUCAGGAACUUAUCUUCAAGGAUGUGUUGAGAGGAGAUGACCAGUUUCAGGGUAUCUUAUCGAACCACAAAAGGAAAAGCAAUGUGAUUCUCAUGUGUGGUAGACCAGAUGUCAUCCACUCCCUCAAGGGUGACCGGGCAGUGGCUGAAGACAUUGUCAUUAUUCUAGUGGAUCUAUUCAAUAACCACUACUUCACGGACAAUGUCACAGCCCCUGACUACAUGAAAAACGUCCUUGUUCUGACACUGCCUCCUGAAAAUUCCACCUCAAAUGGCUCUUUCUUUAAGGAUUUCUCACUGGCAAAAAAUGACUUUUCUCUCGCCUACCUGGAUGGAGUCUUGCUUUUUGGACACAUGCUGAAGAUAUUUCUUGAAAGUGGAGAAGAUGUUACCACCCCUAAAUUUGCUCAUGCUUUCAGGAACCUCACUUUUGAAGGGUAUAUGGGUCCUGUGACUUUGGAUGACUGUGGGGACAUUGACAAUACUAUGAUGCUUCUGUAUACCUCUGUGGAGACCAACAAAUACAAGGUUCUUUUGACCUAUGACACCCACAUAAAUGGAACUAAACCAGUAGAUAUGAGCCCCACAUUCAUGUGGAAGAACCAUAAGCUUCCUAAUGAUAUUCCAGGCCAGGGACCUCAGAUCCUGAUGAUUGCAGUCUUCACUCUUGCAGGAACUAUCAUCUUGCUCCUGCUCAUUGCUCUCCUGGUGCUGAGAAAAUAUAAAAAAGAAAAUGAACUUCGUCAGAAAAAAUGGUCCCACAUUCCUCCUGAAAAGAUCUUUCCUCUGGAGACCAAUGAGACCAACCAUAUUAGCCUGAAGAUUGAUGAUGACAAGAGACGAGAUACAAUUCAGAGACUACAACAGUGCAAAUACGACAAAAAGCGAGUGAUUUUAAAGGAUCUCAAGCACAAUGAUGGCAAUUUCACUGAGAAACAGAAAAUAGAAUUGAACAAGUUGCUUCAGAUUGACUAUUACAACCUAACCAAGUUCUACGGCACAGUGAAGCUUGAUACCACGAUCUUUGGAGUGAUUGAGUACUGUGAGAGAGGAUCCCUCCGGGAAGUUUUAAACGACACAAUUUCCUACCCUGACGGUACGUUCAUGGAUUGGGAGUUUAAGAUCUCUGUCUUGUAUGAUAUUGCUAAGGGUAUGUCAUAUCUGCACUCCAGUAAGAUAGAAGUCCACGGGCGUCUGAAAUCCACUAGCUGUGUGGUGGACAGUAGAAUGGUGGUGAAGAUCACUAAUUUUGGCUGCAAUUCCAUUUUACCUCCAAGAAAAGACCUGUGGACAGCCCCGGAGCACCUCCGCCGCGCCAGCUUCUCUCAGAAAGGGGAUGUGUACAGCUAUGGGAUCAUCGCACAGGAGAUCAUCCUGCGGAGAGAAACCUUCUACACGUCGAGCUGCCGGGACCAGAAUGAGAAGAUUUUCAGAGUGGAGAAUUCCAACGGAGUAAAACCCUUCCGCCCAGAUCUGUUCCUGGAAACAGCAGAGGAAAAAGAGUUGGAAGUCUAUCUACUUGUAAAGAACUGCUGGGAGGAAGAUCCAGAAAAGAGACCAGAUUUCAAGAAAAUUGAGAAUACGCUGGCCAAGAUAUUUGGACUAUUUCAUGACCAAAAAAACGAAAGCUAUAUGGACACCUUGAUCCGCCGUCUACAGCUAUAUUCCCGAAACCUGGAGCAUCUGGUGGAGGAGAGGACACAGCUGUACAAAGCAGAGAGGGACAGAGCCGACAGACUCAACUUCAUGUUGCUCCCAAGGCUAGUGGUGAAGUCUCUGAAGGAGAAAGGUUUUGUGGAGCCUGAACUGUAUGAGGAAGUUACAAUCUACUUCAGUGACAUUGUAGGUUUCACCACCAUCUGCAAAUACAGCACCCCCAUGGAAGUGGUGGACAUGCUCAAUGACGUCUAUAAGAGUUUCGACCACAUUCUUGAUCACCAUGACGUGUACAAGGUGGAAACCAUUGGUGAUGCCUACAUGGUGGCUAGUGGUUUGCCUAAGAGAAAUGGCAAUCGGCAUGCAGUAGACAUUGCCAAGAUGGCCUUGGAUAUCCUCAGCUUUAUGGGGACCUUUGAACUGGAACACCUUCCGGACCUCCCAAUAUGGAUUCGCAUUGGAGUUCACUCUGGUCCCUGUGCGGCUGGGGUCGUGGGGAUCAAGAUGCCUCGUUAUUGCCUGUUUGGAGAUACUGUCAACACAGCCUCGAGGAUGGAAUCCACUGGCCUCCCCUUGAGAAUUCAUGUGAGCGGCUCCACAAUCUCCAUCCUCAAGAGAACUGAGUGCCAGUUCCUGUAUGAAGUGAGAGGAGAAACAUACUUAAAGGGAAGAGGAACUGAGACCACCUACUGGCUGACCGGAGUGAAGGAGCAGGAGUACAACCUGCCAACUCCUCCUACUGUGGAGAAUCAACAACGCCUGCAAGCAGAGUUUUCGGACAUGAUUGCCAACUCUCUACAGAAAAGACAGGCCUCAGGGAUAAGAAGCCGAAAACCAACUCGGAUAGCCAGCUACAAAAAGGGCACUCUGGAAUACUUGCAACUGGACACGACAGACCAGGAGAGCACCCAUUUUUAAACAUAAAUGAGGUCCAAGGACUCAGGCAAAUGAAGGACAGCUGCACUGAGGCAGUGGCCUCAACUGUCCUAAAAGCAUCGUUUCCCUAAGACCUCGGGGGACCAGAGGAAGACGUAGAUGCAUUGCACUUAGCCUUGGCUGCCCUGCCUGGAAUGGAGACUCGCUCCUGUGAAUCAGAUGUGCACACUCAGUGUGAUAAUUCCCUUUCACUCUGGAAUCUGAUCUCAACGGUUGCUCCAGGGAGCUUCAACCCAGGAAAGAAGAGGAACGAAUGUACCAUGUCGAAGUUGAAGAGAUUUUGUUCUUAUUUCAUUUGUUUUGUUUUUGUUUUGUUGUGUUUACUGGCUCUUUUUCAUUCUGUAUUCAUGAUAAGAUUUUUUUAAAUUGUCACAAUUGUAUUUUAAGUAGCUUAUCUCCAUUAAAUUAUAUUUAACUCGUAAUUUUUGCAGAAAAUAUGCUAUAUAUUA